AUGGCAGUCAGACUGUGUGAUGUGGCCUCUCUGCUUAGAAGCGGUUCGUGGGCAGCAGAGCCUUGGACCGGGCAGGUAAUUGCUGCCAUGGAAACACAACUGUCUAAUGGGCCAACUUGCAAUAACACAGCCAAUGGUCCAACCACUGUAAACAACAACUGCUCCUCGCCAGUUGACUCUGGGAACACAGAGGACAGCAAGACCAAUCUAAUAGUCAACUACCUUCCUCAGAACAUGACACAGGAAGAACUAAAGAGUCUCUUUGGGAGCAUUGGCGAGAUAGAGUCCUGUAAGCUUGUAAGAGACAAAAUAACAGGACAGAGCUUGGGUUACGGCUUUGUGAACUACAUUGACCCCAAGGAUGCAGAGAAAGCUAUCAACACUCUGAAUGGAUUGAGACUUCAAACCAAAACAAUAAAAGUUUCCUAUGCUCGCCCAAGUUCAGCUUCUAUCAGAGAUGCAAACUUAUAUGUCAGUGGGCUUCCAAAAACCAUGACCCAGAAGGAGCUGGAACAGCUGUUUUCACAGUAUGGGCGCAUCAUUACUUCUCGGAUUCUUGUCGACCAGGUCACUGGCAUAUCAAGGGGUGUAGGGUUUAUUCGAUUUGACAAGCGGAUUGAGGCAGAAGAAGCUAUCAAAGGCCUAAAUGGCCAGAAACCUCCUGGUGCCACAGAGCCAAUCACUGUAAAGUUUGCUAAUAAUCCAAGCCAAAAAACCAAUCAGGCCAUCCUUUCCCAGCUGUACCAGUCUCCAAACAGAAGGUACCCAGGACCGCUAGCUCAGCAGGCACAGCGUUUUAGGUUGGACAAUCUGCUCAAUAUGGCUUAUGGAGUGAAGAGUAGGUUUUCACCAAUGACGAUUGAUGGAAUGACCAGUCUGGCUGGAAUUAAUAUUCCUGGGCACCCUGGAACAGGCUGGUGCAUAUUUGUGUACAACCUGGCACCUGAUGCAGAUGAAAGUAUCCUGUGGCAAAUGUUUGGGCCUUUUGGAGCUGUCACCAACGUGAAGGUCAUCCGUGACUUUAACACCAAUAAAUGCAAAGGUUUUGGAUUUGUGACUAUGACAAACUAUGAUGAGGCUGCCAUGGCGAUAGCUAGCCUCAAUGGAUACCGUCUGGGAGACAGAGUACUGCAGGUCUCCUUUAAGACAAACAAAACGCACAAAGCCUAAUGAGCUCUUGUCCUCAGUCCAUUUAUAUAUGAAAACUAUACAACAAAAGCAAGUUAAGAGAAACUUUAUACAUUAGUAAAUGUCUUUGUAAGUCAGUGUUGAGAUGGGGAUAAAUGACUACUUAGCAUCCUAAGAAAUA